AUUAUUAUUAUUAUGUGCUCGCUGGUAAAAACUGAUUGAAUUUUCUGUCCGUGCUUAGUUUUCUACAGUUUCCGUUCACUUCCGACUUCCGAUAACAGAAAAGAAGAAUUCAGUAACAUCGCCUCUCGGCUCGGCCUCGCUCACUGGUGUCAAACCAAACCAACCGAAACCCCAAACCCAAACCAAAAACAAACCAAGUGUCAAGUUCAAGUACCCAAGAACACGCCUUGCUCAAGAAGUCUCAGUUUAGAGUUUAUUCAGUUUAGUUUUGUAGUACUUAAACUUUGGUGGAAGAGGAUAGGAUACCAAAACAAAAUCUCUGACUUCUCUCUAUUGAAUUUUUUUUAAUUGAAGUAAACAUUGCAGAGUAACUUAAGCUUAUUUACUAAAUUAGUGCCGGUACUUAAGUUAGUGGGUUUAAGGAUGAAAACAAUGAGUGGUGAAAUGAACCAGUUAAAUGUUGGAGCAACAAUGAGAAAUGAGCAUGAAGUUAUUGAUCUUCCAUGUUUACUUGAAGAAGUAGAAAAAAUUGAUGAUUUGGAGACUUUGGAAGACAUUGAAAAUAUGCUCUUGUUAGAGGAACAAACCAAGAAACAAGAGCUCAGUGUAAUUUAUAAUUCAAUAUCACACCUAAAAGAUGAACUAAACCAAGCAAAGUGCCUCGUGAAGGAGCUAGACCUACAGCAAAUUGAUGAAGUUAAAAAGAAUAAUAAUUUGAGAGAAACUAUCAAACUGAGAGAGCUAGGAAUAACAGAAGAAAAAAGUCAACAAAUAAUGAACUUGGAACAGUUUGAAAUGGAUGUUGCUGAGAUUUCACGUGAAUUCGUAACAGCACCCAAACUAUACUUCAGCAACCAACUAAGUGAUCAUAUAACCUCCAAUAAAAGGAUGCUGGAUGAAAAGAAAAUGGAUUUGCAACAGCAAAUUGAAUUGUUGAAUAAAGCCCAAGCUGAAUUUGAAGAAUCUAUAGUAAAAGAGUCAAUGGACACGCCUUUACAAGUUUUAAACUCUGCUAUGCAAAAAGUCUCACUGUCAAACAAAAUGUUGGCCAAAGAAGUACAAGAAAUAACAAGCAAUAUGGAGUCGCUCCAGUUCGAUAGGAUGACUGCUGCUUUGAGCAAGAAGAAGUAGAUUUCUGUUAAUAAUGAGUUUCUCUAUACUUUGUUCUUAAUCAAGUUAAGCAAACAUUAAUUUAUUUGAGUAAAGUUCCCCUGUUAAUUAAUUAAUUAAGGCCACUAAAGUACAAAUAAAUUUUUUUAAUGUUUUAUAUUUAAGAUUUGUAGUUAAAACACAAUAGCAUUAAUCCUGAACUGUCAUUAGAGAAUAAAGUCUUCCUUAAGAACAAGUAACUUAAUCUUGAAUUAGGUAUGCCAAUUGUGUUUAGUUUUUAGAAAGAAUGAUGUAAUUAAUUGACUGUUUGAUUGUAAAACAAUAAACAAAAGUGUAAGUUAAUUAAAUAC